GCCUUGCCGCGCCCGCCGAGCCCGAGGUCCGUGCCCACGUCGCCGCCAAGCAACCCCCGCCACCAUGCCCAACUUCGCCGGCACCUGGAAGAUGCGCAGCAGCGAGAAUUUCGACGAGCUCCUCAAGGCUCUGGGUGUGAACGCCAUGCUCCGGAAGGUGGCCGUGGCCGCGGCGUCCAAGCCGCACGUGGAGAUCCGCCAGGACGGCGACCAGUUUUACAUCAAGACGUCCACCACGGUGCGCACCACCGAGAUCAACUUCAAGGUCGGCGAGGGCUUCGAGGAGGAGACGGUGGACGGACGCAAGUGCAGGAGUUUAGCCACUUGGGAGACCGAGAACAAGAUUCACUGCACGCAGACUCUUCUUGAAGGGAAUGGCCCCAAAACCUACUGGACCCGUGAGCUGGCCAACGACGAGCUCAUCCUGACAUUUGGCGCCGAUGAUGUGGUCUGCACGAGAAUUUAUGUCCGGGAAUAAAGGUGUCCCAGCUUGUCCCCACUUUUGGGACAGGAUGCAAGUUUCCCCCAAGGAGUAUGUCAUAGGUGUGAGCCGCCAGCGGGCUUUCCUAUCUCCCUGCCAGCGUUAAGCAACCCCACUCCCCCCCGCCCUCCCCCAUCAUGACAGUGUUGUAGUGUCUCCCCAGACCCCUGUUGCCUCCUGCAUCCCUGGUUUGGCAUUUGCAUGGCUGUCUCGGUCAUUAAACUGGUUGGACGUGU